AUGGUGAAGUUCAUUCUUCAGUUGAAUGAUAUGGGAUCAAGUAGUGGACUAAAGAUACUGGGCCAAAGUAUCCCGGAUCUUGGCACAAUGAUCAAAAUAAAGAACAUAAGGGGUGAUGUUCUUGAAGUAAAUACAUGGUUCAGACAUCAUACAAAAUUGAGUAUGGCUCGUGAUUGGCAUAUACGCAAUCUCAAAACAGGUCAAAGUAUGAUUCGAGCUACGAGUAUUUUGGCACUAAUGGACAAAACCACACGUAAACUUUCAAAGAUACCUGAUGAAAUAAAAGUAGAAUUAGAACCACACUACAAAGAGACUACUUUUAUUUUGAAUGAGGAUAGCAGAAAGUUCCCUAAACUAAAUAUUGAGACUGCAGAUUACAUCAUAGAUGGCUUAAAUCCUCAGUGGGCUGAUUUAGAUUAUAAUAUGCACGUGAACAAUGCCAAGUACAUUCGGUGGGUUUUUGAGGGCAUUCCAAUGUCUAUGUUGGAGACACAUGAGAUGUCCAGCAUGGUCCUUGAGUUUAGAAAGGAGUGUAGGAUAGGCGAUGUAUUGCAAUCCCUCACUGCUCUCUCCUCUGUAAGCUCCAAUUCCUCAUCUGAAUCUAACAUUAUGUGUAGGCAUCUGCUCCAACUCAAAAGUGGACCUACUCUUGUGAAAGGACUAACUACUUGGAGACAAAGCGUUGCUCCACUGACUUGA